GCAGCCUGCGCUGACCGAGUAUGUCGAUUGUCAACGUGGGCUCUCUCUUUCCUCUUUCCCCUCUCUCUCUUUCCUCUUUCCUCUCUCUCCCCUCUCAUUAUCUUCCUUAUUAGUUCUCUUGUUGGUUUUUUAUCAUGGAAGCACCACCACGUGAUGGUUGCUUCAACUGUGGUCAAGUGGGUCACUGGUCGCGAUAAUUGUUCCUCGGAUGUCCUCAUCUGUUAUCAUAGGCCGCCCGUGGCAACGGGGGCCAAUGCGGAGCCGCUCUUAGCACUGCCAGCUGCUAAUUCUCGUACUGCUGCUGGGUCACAGGUAACCUCUGCGAGUACGUAUUCGGCGCAACCUCGUACAGGGUCGUGGACUCAGAAUCAGCAAAUAUUGGAUAAGUGUAACACCUUCAUCAGUCGGGCCGAGCAGAAAGAGAGGGACGAACGGGCGGCCAAAGAACGUCUGAAGAAGCAGCGAGAAAAAGAGGAGGCGGCCGUUAGGCUCAAGAAAGAACGUGAGGAUUUCAAGUGCCGAAUGGGGCAAAGAUUGGAGAGCAGGGUUGCUCCCAUGUACGAUGCUAUUAUGGGUAAGGGAGUCAACAAAACCAACAGCGGCUCAGCUGACGAGGAAGUGCCUCGUCAGCGAUGGGAGAAUGAGGAGAUGCGUGCCAAGUACGGCAUCGUUGAGCAGCUGCCGUCUACGAACCUCGUCGAUCGUCUGCAGAAGGAGAAUAACGAUAUCAAGAAAGCGGGGGAUGACUUGAAGACUCGACUGGAAAACGAUAUGGCGGCACUCAAAUGGGAGAUCCGGGACCUCAAGAAUCACCACGAAUCAGUGGGGAGAAGUAACCUCACGAAGCAAAUUGAUGAGCUGCGGUCAGAGAUUGAGCUGCUCCACAAACGGAACGAGGAAACGGAGGAGGUCGCUCAAUUGUGGAGGAGCGAGGCCUUACGGCCUGGGAACAAACGGGGAAGCAUCAACAUGUCGACGCCAGCUAGCAAGGGCCGCACAGUGACUCGCUCUCAAUUGGGGGGUGGUCCCGAUGAAGAAGCACGACGCCUUUGUGGAGAGGUGCAAGACCUGCAUGAGUGUCGUCGCUGUGAUCAGACUGAAGUAGAUAUGCUCAAGGAAAGGUGUGCCAAAGCUGAGGCACAACGCAUGGAUGCGGAGGUGUAGCUAGAGAGACUACGUGAGAAGAUGGGGAGGUUGUCCACUGAUGGUACUGGUCUGGGUACUCCUCAGGUCGU